ACAGGGGCACACAUUCACGGGUACAGAUAUGAUGCAUGUUGCUUUUCUCCUCCUGAUCGUCUUCACAGAUGGAGCAUCCUCUAAGAAAGUGUGCAGUUACCAGGAGGUUGUGGACCACCUGAACCUGACCACAGAUAACAGUGUGCUUAAACUGACCCGGCCCGUCCUGGAUUACACACACCCCACUGUGGUAGAGCUGGAUAUCCUCCUCUAUGCCAUCCUGGCUGUGAUGUGGAACAAUGAACGUAUCUCAUGGGACCCCGCUCAGUUUUGUGGAAUCACUCAGAUUUCAGUUCCUAAAGACAUGCUCUGGAAACCAGACCUCUUCAUCUAUGAGAUGACGCAGAAGGAUGAGUCCCCUCCGAAUCCCUACAUGCACGUGUCCCACGAUGGAACGAUGGUUUCUGAAGAGGAAAUUAGGGUGGUCAGCACCUGUAAGAUGGACGUCCACAAGUUCCCCUUCGACACACAGAGAUGUAACAUCACAAUUGGAUCUGCAACACAACAUGCUGAGGAAAUUCGUCUCUUUCCUUUCUCCAACUCGUCUCGUGCCACGCAGUUUUCCCGGGAGGUGAUGAAGACGCAGGGCGAAUGGGAGUUUCUCCAACUAUCCAUCGCAAGCUCCAAUUUCACCUUCCACGAUAGACAGUGGGAACAGCUCAUAUACACUUUCACAAUGAAGAGGAGGCCUCUCCUGUAUGUCAUCAACUUCCUGUUGCCCAUCCUGUUCUUCCUGAGUCUGGACCUUGCCUCCUCAUUCAUCGCAGACCAUCGAGGAGAGAAGCUGGGGUUCAAAGUCACCGUGCUGCUGGCCAUCUCUGUACUGCUGCUCAUCCUGAAUGACAUCCUGCCCUCCAUGUCCAACAAGACUCCACUCAUAGCGACCUUUUGCAUUGUAAUUUUUGGUCUGAUGCUGCUCAGUCUCCUGGAAACCAUCUUGGUUACGUAUCUCAUGGAGAAAGACUCUGCAACCCUGGAGAAGCUCAGGCUGAGGGACGACUGGGAGGACAAGCAUGACAAAGCUGAAACUGUUAAGUGUAACACAGAGGAGAAAAGACAGACCUGCUGUUCAUGCAUCUGUAAAAUGACAGACGGUGAGAAACAGCAUGAAUUGCUGCCUGCGGCUGAAGAGGUACACAAUUAUAGGUUCAGAUGCAACAAUAUUAUCACAAGACAGGUGGACAAAAUUGUUUAG